CAAGCGCCUAACUUCCGGGAGGUGUACAUGCCUGGUCGGCCUGGUGUCACGUAUUCGCGGCUCGCCGUGGAUUUACGCGGGGAUUACCCGGCUUUCCGUUGUCGCGAAUCCCUCGAGGAAGACGUCUUCUCGGCGAUCCAGCGACGCCUCGCCCUCGGCCUGCCUGUCGUCUGGCCUCGUCGCGCCUGAGCACGGCUCCUCGCCACCGUUUCCGUCGCACCGGUUCCCCGCGCUCUCCCGUCGAACUGACGAUCGGCAACGAGCGAAGUUGUUCUUGCGACAGACGAUGCAACCCGUAAAGUCAUGAAGUUUUACGAGAAUCCGAAUUGCGUGCCUUUGGAGGAGCUGCAGCUGAGUAUCAAGAAUGACGGGGUGGUUCUCAUGAUAAGUGCACUGAAUAUACGGUGGGCGGAAGACAAGCGUUACUUCCUGCAUUACGAAGUGCCGGAGAUAUACAAUAAGGAUGGGUCGGAAAUCCCGGGCGCUCAGGAUCGCUGGAUGGAGGUCGUGGGUUACAUCGUCGAGGAUCUCAACUGGUUGCUGGAUCUCCCGUUUUAUCGAUUCUGGUCCAACAUUGUGUACAAUACCUCGAUUCUGGACACGCUGGUGACCUUCUUGCAAGAGGCCCCGCCUUUCUUCACUUUAGAGAAUUUCCCUGCCGAGCCGAGGAUGCUCGAGGCGUUGGAGAAUCUUCGUCGCAGCGUACUUGUUGUCUUCGCGCGUCUCUGCACGAAUAAGCAGAGCCCGACGGAGUACAUGAACCGUCCGUUUCUUGGGAAUCUGUUGUACGACAAUUAUAUAUUUACAAUACCGAUUAUAUUUGAUCUGUGUCAACUGUACGGCAGGGAUAAUCCCAAGGUGGUAGAGAAGAUUGUAGAUAGUGUAUUUAGUCUGCAACCGCUGUACAAUGAUGAUCUUCAGAAAGCUGUGCCGUGCCUUAUAAAGGCUCUCCAAAAUGUUGAACGGAGAUUUGAGGAUUGUCCAAGCUACGCGACUGAAGCAGUGGCGCUUUCAGAGAGGGGAAACUCCGUUGAGAUGACGCUGUAUAAUUUAGAGGAUUUGAUACUCUACAUUCUAGAUGUGUCGUCGACUCUUGCUACAUUAUUGAGAAGCUAUUCUCCGCUAAUUGCUACAUUUCAUGGAGAUGACUUCAUAAACAAGAUAGUUUCGUUAUAUGGGAGUACAAUACCUGAGAUGUAUAAAAAGCUGGAUAAGUUAGCAUAUAAGGAGGAAAGUAUACCAAAGUACAUGGAAUUGAAGCAUCGUCUCGAUGUAACCAGAGUGGAGAUGUUAAGUCUUUAUCGAAUUAUUACUUAUGAGCCCGUAUUAAGUAUUCAGGAAAAGAUAAACACAAUAACGGAAGGCGAGAUAAGAAAUUGCAUAGACGAAUAUUUGAAUACACUAAUGAAUGCUAUAUCUGAAAAAGAAUUCAUUAUAGAUUAUCAUCAGUUUUACCCAAUUGAUGCCGAUCUCGAACAUAUAACCAAACUUUGUCCUGAUGUUGAUACGAUAAAAUGCGAGUAUAUAUUACAUUCAUUGCAUGCAACGAUUGGAGAUGCUAAGCCGUCAGUCAGUGCGUCUCUCAAUAAUGCAAGUAUAGCCGUUGCUGGAUCUAGUGCUGUUCAAAGCAACCAACGAAAAGAACAUUCCAACAAUGUGAAUUGCGUAAAUGAUAAAACAGACUUUGCCUUGAAAGAGCCUGCGAACAUAAUGUCUCUAAUCGCGGAAGUGAAAGAGAUUCUCUGCGAUUAUGGUGAAGGUUUCAUACAGCUAUAUUUAAAGCAUUAUAAUUAUAACGUUGAAUCUGUGAUAAAUGCAGUUCUGGAGCCGACGAAUUUACCACGUGAUUUGAAAGAAUUAGAUAAGACAAUACCAUAUAUACCACCCGAUCCGAUGGAAGUAUCGGCUGCUGUGGAUCCCACUGUGAAUCUAGCCAGCAAUUUUCAAGAAUUAGAUAUUUCUUCCAACUUUGACUUUGAAAUUAUGACCGAGAAGUUUACAGACACGUCGGAGAGGAGGAGAAAGAAAAAUCAGUACAGAAAUGCAAAUGAAAUGUUUAAUGACAAGUCUGCAAUUCAAGAAGCGAGGCGUAUUUAUGAUAAGUACAACCUUGUCGCCGAUGAAUACGAUGAUGAGUAUGACGACACGUACGAUAGUCACGACAUUGGUGGUAGCACGCAGGACGGUUCCACAGAAAUAGAUGCCAGGCCUUUCACCACUCCGAGAGUUAGUGUAUUUCGUACAGCCGACAAAAAUAAUGCUAGCUCGGAGGAUGACACUGAAAAUGAAGACGAGAAACCUGUACAGAAUAGUAACCACUUCGUACAAAAUCCGGCGGAAUUACGCGCCAAAGCCGAGCAACGAAAGCAACAAUUUGUAAGAGAUGGCAGAAAUGCGCACGAUCCAAACGGCAAGUCCAAAGGUCAAAAGCAAAACAAGAACGGCACGGUAAAAAAAGAAGAUUAUAGGAAGAAGAGUGUAUACAAAUCUUCACAAGGCAAUCACAAUCGGCGUAUGGGUGCCCAGGUGAAGAGGAACCGAGGAAUGAUUCCAUCCUAGAGCAGCAGGUUUUCGUAAACGCAAAAGAUCCGACGAUGUACAUACUGCCAAGCAAUGAACAUCUUCACUUAGUUAUUUAAUCACCCCACGAAAAUAAACGUUCUUAUAAUUUCUA